AUGUCCUUUCACCCGCCUCGGAAAGUCAUUCUCACAAAAGAACAUCUACAGGCCUUUCAAGCGUCGAAAAUACAUGAUGAUAUUGUCUCCUACAUUCAAACCCUGAACGACGCCGUGGUUAAUGUCAAACUGACCGACGAAUGUGCCGAGUCUCCCGGCGUCUCAGCUAUACUCCGUGUGCUGAAUCAGAUUGAGGUAAUUGCAAAGGGGAUACCGCCGGUUGAUAACAAGGCGUCAAGAUUCGGGAACCCCGCGUUCCGUACGUUUUACGACAAGGUUAAUGAGCUUUCACUUUCACUCCAUGUGACUCUACCCGGGCUUCCUAGAGAAGCCAUUCCGGAGCUUUCAGUCUAUUUCUGCGAGUCGUGGGGCAACCGUACGCGCAUCGACUACGGGAGCGGUAUGGAGCUCAACUUCUUAUGUUGGAUUAUAUGCCUGGAGCGUCUGGGUGUGGUGCAAAAGAGUGAUCAUAUUGCCCUCGUGACAAGAGUUUUUUGGAGGUACGUCGAAGUCAUGCGGGUCUUGCAGUCGACGUAUUGGCUCGAGCCUGCCGGUUCUCAUGGGGUUUGGGGUCUGGACGACUACCACUUCCUUCCCUUCUUGUUUGGAUCCGCUCAAUUGCGAGGGCACAAAUACAUCCGCCCGAAGUCGAUCCAUGACCCCGACAUUGUGGAAGAGUACUCCAAGGACUACAUGUACCUUGCCUGUAUCAGGUUUAUUGAAUCUGUCAAGACUGCCUCAUUGCGAUGGCAUUCGCCCAUGCUUGACGACAUCUCCGCCGUUAAGACCUGGGACAAGGUGAACGCAGGUAUGAUGAAGAUGUAUCUAGCGGAGGUCCUAGGCAAACUUCCGGUCAUGCAGCAUUUCCUGUUUGGCUCAAUCUUGGCGUGGGAGGGCGUAUUACCUCCUCCACGAGCUGAGAGUCCUGAGGACGAUGCGCACCGCGGCCAUGUUCAUACUGUCGAGGACCUCGGAGGCGCCGGUCAGGCAGAGGUCGGCUGGGGCAGCUGCUGCGGUAUCCCAGUGCCUUCUGUGUUUGGCGCGGCUCAGGCGGAGAAGAGCCUGUACGGGCGCGACAUUCCGGCGGAUAUUAUAGGCCACAUCCCUGGUGCUAGACUUUCUGGGCCUGGGAUCAGGCCGUGGACAGUUUUCGUGGCUGGUAUUAUAUAUUCAGAAGUACUUCCACCUCCUGGCAUGACCACAAUCCUGCAUCACGGAAGCUUGACACUGGUGCUAUUUCUGAGCUUAUCCUUGGAGUUUCUAAGAGUAGGCACGUUUCCCCACAACGAGGAACAAUGGGGCGGAGUGCUUCAGGUUACUUCUCAAAAUAGGUGCUCGGAUCGCGCGCUGAGGCGCACCGAUACUCCUCAAGAGUCAAGGAGAUAUUGCUGCCGUGCGUCGCGCACGGCUCUUGCAAGACUGGAGGACCUCGGCGAGAACGGCGGCUUCAUACAGAGACCCACUCACGGAUUCCCGCUAUGGCGGCGACCUCUGGUGCUCGGAGGCAUCGCUGUCGGUAUUGUGGUCCUUGCAUUAGCACUCGGCCUUGGACUGGGUUUGGGUCUGCGGCAUCAUCACACUAGCGUUGACAUGAACGACGGCUUUAUUGUGGUUCCCGUCCAGAACACGGAUUCGAGCGCGUAUUUCUUGAACAUGAGCAUGGUCAAUGAAGAAACGACCACUAGGUACUACAAUUGGACCGUCACGCAAGCAACGGGUGCCCCAGACGGUUUCUCGAAGCCUAUGCUCGUCGUAAAUGGCAUAUUCCCGGGCCCCACGAUAGAAGCUAACGAGGGCGAUAGAAUCGUCGUUAACGUCACUAACAUGAUGCCUAAUGCUACUACACUUCACUGGCAUGGUUUGUACCAGCGAGGCACGCCCUAUUACGACGGUACGAUUGGCAUUACACAGUGUGGUAUUCCUCCAGGGCAGUCUAUGGUGUACAACUACACGGUAGCAAACUGGACUGGAAGUACAUGGUGGCAUGCCCAUUCCGCGACCCAGUACUCGGAUGGUAUUGUCGGCGCAUUGGUCGUGCAUAGCAAGAAUGAAUCUGUUCCAAGUUAUGACGGGGAUCUGGCGCUGCAGCUAUCCGACCUCUACCAUGUUUUCUCUCCCAUCGCAUUGCAGGAGUAUUUCACUCCUGGAGGUCUUGCAGGCAUCCCUGGAACCGAACCUGUCCCAGAUGGAGGUACCAUCAACGGUAUUGGCCAGUACGGUUCCUACAACUCGUCAUUCUUCAACGUCACUCUUGAAGCGAAUAAGACAUACCGCCUCCGCUUGAUCAACCCGGGCACCUUCGUCGCGAUGACCUUCUCGGUGGACAACCACAUGCUGACGGUAAUCGAAGGCGACGGCACCGCCGUGGGCCCGUACCCGGUGUCCAGCGUCUCCACCGCCGUCGGGCAGCGUUACAGCGUCCUUCUGACGACGAACCAGACUGCAGGCGCGUACUUCAUGCGCGCUGGCCUGGACCAGGGCGCGUUCGGGUACAACAAUCCCGCUACGCAGCUGGAGAUCCGCGGGGUCAUACGCUAUGGUGUAGAGAACGAUACGAUGCCGGAUAUGUCGCUGCUCAAUAAUCCGCCGCUGCUGCCGGUCGACGCGCCCAAAGCGAUGGACACCGGUAAUCUCGUUCCUGUUGGUGGUGGUCCGGCGCCGGAGCCCACUUUCAACACGAGUGUAACGAUCUCGAUGCAGUAUCCUGCUAACACUGCCGACUACCUGGGCCACUACCUGGCAUUCCUCAACAGCACUUCGUGGGAGCCGCUGACGGGCACUGCGAGUCUGCUGGAACACUUGGGCAACGACACCGCCGACGGCUCUGCGAGUUGCGAUGGCAGCCAGCUCAUGACGAUUGUGAACGAGGUGCACGUCGUGCAGAUCCUCGUGCAGAAUAACGAUGACGGGGACCAUCCAUUCCAUCUGCACGGUUACAAGUUCUGGGUCCUGAACAGUGGCGCUGGAGAUUACACCGACGAGGCUAUUAUGAACACUACGCCCAUGCUACGUGAUACCGUUGUGAUCCCCGCCUACAGCUGGAUCUUCCUCCGUUUUGUUGCGGACAACGCUGGCUAUUGGGCCUUCCAUUGUCACAUUCAAUUCCACAUGGCUGCUGGUCUGCUUAUGCAGUUCAAUGUCUUGCCGUCGGUCAGCCAGCAGUAUGAGAUCCCACAGUACAUGCUCGACCAGUGUUCCAUGUAA